CGGGUAUGCUUCCCGGUUGUGGUGCUGCGCUUCUUCCUCACCACAUCUCAAUCCGUGCAGAAUGUUGAAGCAGCGGACCACGAGAGCUUUCGUGUGCGCCGAGGCAGGGGCUCUGUUGGUGGAGCAGACCAUUCAGCUGCCGGAGCUGCAGCCACACCAAGUGCGAGUGCAGGUACGCCGGCAGGCAGCCCAAAAACCAUGGCAGAUUGCCAGAUCCAUCCAUCCCUCAUGUCAUGUGUAUGUCUGUGUGUGUGCAGAUAGAUGCGUGUGGCGUUGCCCCUGCUGAUUGCCAUUUCGCCAAGGACAGUCAGUUAGUCAGUCACUCAGUCAGUCAGCGGCUGCAGACCGACAGGAGAGAUGCAUGGAUGGGUACUGUCGCGCGUGUGUGUGUGCAGAUUGGGGUGCGAGCACCUUCCCCCUGGUUGCCGGCAUUGAGGGUGUGGGGCGGGUGAUAGAGGUCGGCUCUCUCGUCAAGACACACAACAUCGGCGACACCGUGGGCAUCGGGUGGGUGACUUCCUCCUGCGGCACAUGCGACAUGUGCAUCAGAGGAAUGGACAAUCUGUGCAGACAAGGUAUGGUUGGGAUAUAACCACCACACGUCAUGUCACGAAAUGACAUAAACGUGUGUGCGUGUGUGUGUGUGUGUGACAAUCUCUCUCCCUAUUCCUCGUGUCAGGCUACGGCGGUAUCUUCCUGGGUGAGAACAGCAUGCGCGGCAACUUCACGCGCGAGACCAUCGUGGACGCACGGUUCGCCUUCAUCCUGCCACCCGGAAUGGACCCCCUCUCCGCAGUGCCUUUCAUGUGUGCCGGUAUGACGGUAUACGCGCCCCUGCGAGAGCACGUCACGGGGCCCGACAUGAGGGUGGGCAUCAUCUCGGUGGGCGCGCUGGGCCAUCUGGCAGUGCAGUUUGCGCGAGUUAUGGGCUGCCAGGUAUGGUAUGCACUCACCCAGACAGACAGACAGACAGACAGGCAGCCAUGUGUGUGGAAGUGUGUUUGGCUAUGGUUGUGUGUGCAGGUGAGCGUCUUUUCGACGAGCCCCUGGAAAGAGCCCGACUGCCGCCAGUGGGGGGCGGACAGAUUCGUGGUCAGCCAGACGGAGAGAGUAAAGACAGAGACCGUGAGUGCGUCUCUCCAUCUGUCUAUGUCUGUGUCUUGUGUGUGUAUGCUAUGCUGUGCACGCAGCUGAGCACCGACGCCGCUCAGAUGGAGGCCCAGGCCAACACAUGCGAUCUGCUCGUCGACUGCUGCCACGAGGCCAUCGACAUCAAGGCACGUAUCCCCUUAACCCCUACCCCCCACCACACACACACACACACACAUCGCAAUUGAUGCAUCCAUCCAUCCAUUUGUCCAUCCAUCUAUCAUCGAUGAGUGCAGGCGUACAUGAACAUCCUUCGUGCGGGCGGCAAAUUGGCCUUCGUGAGCAUCCUCCCGCCCAAGGACACGCCGUCGAUCGAGGUGCCGCUCAUGCCGAUGGUGUUCGGGCAGAAGAGUGUGUGUGGGUCGAUUGUCGCCGGCACGCGAGAUGCGAUGGAGAUGCUGCGGGUGGCCGCCGCACACGGCGUGACGCCCUCCAUUGAGACCAUGCCAUUCACCAAGGUAAGCAGCAGAAGGGAGGGCGUUUCUCGGCGGUGUGGAGAUUUGUGUGUGUUUGGUUUGGUCUGGUUUGGUGUGGUUGGUUGCAGGUCAACGAGGCGAUUGAUCGCGUGUUGAGCGGCGACCACAAGGGCUACCGCAUUGUGCUCACGCACGACAACGACAACACACACAACUGACCUGACUCACGACUCGACUGGCCGCCUCGCGCUGUUUUUUUCGGGCACUGCCAUGCCCAUUGGUGCGAUGUGCACUGUAUGUCUUUGAUUGACCGGCGGGGAGGUGAGAGAAGACCGACUUGUCUGUCUUUGUUUGCUUCUUUCAUUGUGUGCGCCCCUGUUGUGUGCGUACGGUCGGUAAGAGAGGGAGUGAGGCAGUGGGUGGGGUACGGGUCGGCCGAUGAGGGCGACAGACAGAGAUUUUUGAGGCGCUGGCUGCGCUUUUUUUGCGCUGAUUUCCUUCCUUGCUUCCGUCCGUCCUGCCUUGGGUGCAGGGUGUGUAGGGGUAGGGCUGGCUGUGUAUGUGACGGUAAGCGCAUCUCGUGUGUAUGUGCGACAUGACGUGAGAUGAGAUGAGAUGCCUGCGGUGAUGCAUGAUUGUAUGAUGUGGUUUGCGCGGCCCGCCCAAUCAGGGAGGGCCUGUCCGCCUGCCUUUUUUGCUUGCUGCCCCUGUGUGAGGUGACGUGUCUGUCUGUCUGCUGGUGUCUUUUCUGUCUGUCGAUCACAUCAAGGGAUGUGUUUCUUUAUCAAUCACUACGUCUGUGUGGGCUGGGUGGGGCGUGAGUGAGUGUAUGGAUGGUGAAGAGAGAGGUACGGUACAUGCAUCAAAUCAAUGCGAUAAUAAGUGCACUCAUUGAUUGACUGACUGAUGUAUGGAGUGAGUGAUUGCGGUUGCGCGCAAAGGCCAAAGGUCACUCACUCACGCACAUGGCAUGGCAUGGCAUGGCACUGCAAUCACAGCAUCAAUCAACAGACCGAC